AUGGCCCCACUACCAGGGGCAGAGCUGGUCCAGAGGCCACUGCAGCUUUAUCGUUACCUGCUGCGCUGCUGCCAACAGUUGCCGACCAAGGGCAUCCGUGAGCAUUACAGACAUGCUGUAAGGCAGAGUUUCCAGUCGCAUGCAGAUGAAGAUGAUCCAGAGAGAAUCCAGCAGAUUAUUAAGAGAGCCAUUGAAGACGCUGACUGGGUCAUGAACAAAUAUAAAAAACAAAACUGA